CCUGCAGGUUCAACCCCGCUGUGCGUAGCUCCGCUCUGCUCCGCUCUCUCGUCUCGUUGUUCUGGGCAUCGUUGCGCGUCGUCUCGCGGACAGCAGUCGGGCGGUCCGCAUUCGAGUCGCGUACCGUCGCGAGUGUCAAGGAGCGGGUCCGCGGUGCUCCUCGCAGGAGCACACAGUGGCCAAGUGGCGUAAUCGCGCACAACCGAGUGUGUGUGGUCGCACGCGCGAAAGGUGGUGCGUGCGUGACGACAGCGGUUUUUUUUUCCGACACGACGACACGGUGACUCGCGAGUCGCGCGAGUACGCAGCGCGGCGCAACACCACGCGACACGGCAGCGAAAGGGAAUCGUCGACGACAGGAGCGACGUAAGCGCGGUGCAUGCGAUGUUAGCCGCUCAACAACGUCGGCCCAACGAAUUCGCGCGACGUGCUGCACCAUUUUCCUUUACCCGUGCGUGCGUCCCGACGCCACGCCGCCGAUGUGAGUCGGACGUUCGUCCCGGGCUAUAUCGAUAAAUCCACACGACACGACACCGACGACGUUGGAUGCAAAACUCAGGCGGUUUCGAGCGCAUCUCACGAUCGAGCAUCAUGUUCUGGACGAAUAAUUACGUGUCGUCGCCGCAUAUCGAGGCAUUGCUCAACAAGGAGGAUGUCACGCUGCACGAGUUGAUGGAUGAGGAGGACAUCCUGCAGGAGUGCAAGAGCCAAAACAAAAAGCUGGUGGAAUUUCUCACGAGGCCUGCCGUUAUGGAGGAAUUGGUGACGUUAACCACGAAAGAACCAUCCGCGGACAUCGAAGAACGCUGGCGCUACAAGUAUCCCAAUGUCGCCUGCGAGUUGCUCACAUGUGAUGUGCCUACAUUGAAUGAGAAACUGGCAGGUGACGAGGCACUUUUGGCCAAAUUAUAUUCUUUCAUAGAUACAGAUCAGCCAUUAAAUCCACUACUUGCAUCAUUUUUCAGUAAAACUAUCGGAGUGCUUGUUGCUCGUAAAAGUGACCAGAAUUGGUAUUCCUAUCAGUUCACAUGCUUACAGGUUUUAGAAUUCCUUAAAAGUCGUCAGAGAUGCGUAGAUUUGCUGCUGCAACAUUUAGAGACUUCGGCCAUCAUGGACUUAGUACUCAAACUUGUUACUCAGGUUGAGGGCAGUGAUAUGCGUCAAAACAUAUUAAACUGGCUAGAUAGUCAACAUUUAGUGCAAAGACUGGUAAAAAUGUUAGCACCUACUUCAGAAGUAGCCAAACAUGCUAACGCGGCACAAUUACUUUGCGAUAUGGUGAUGGUAGCUAGAGAAACUCAACGUACAUCCACGGAGCGUACUGACCCAGAUCCUAUUUUAAAUACUUUAGAAUCAGGGGAAACUGUGAGCCUAUUGCUAGAAACUAUCCUAACAGCGGAAAAGGCAGAAAGCAGUAUUGUCGGCGGAAUACAAGUGCUUUUGGUACUUUUAGGUCAAAGACCCAGCAACACAUCAAAUGACGGAGAUGUACAUGGUAAUGGGGAAGACACUACGGAUAAUGAGCAAUGUAUUAAAAUUUCAAAUGCUACUUUACCAUAUUUGGAACAUCUUCACAAACUUCUUUUGGACCCACCAGAUAAACCUGCCGUUAAAACAACUGUCGGACUACUAGAAUGUCCAUUGGGAAAUACCCGUUUGCACGUAGCAAAGUUGUUAAGCGCGUUGUUGGCGACGGAGAAUUUAAAGAUCCACGAAAGUUUAGAAAAUUUGGGAACAUUCCAAACAUUGUUGGAUCUGUUUUUCAAAUAUACAUGGAAUAAUUUCUUACAUACACAAGUACAACAGUGCCUGGCCUUAGCGAUUAAUGGAGGACAACGGGAUAAUGAUAUUAUAUAUAAUAAUAUAUUUAUCAAGUGCAAAUUAAUAGAGAGAAUCUUAGAAGCAUGGGAUAAAAACGAGAGUAAACAAAACAAGGAAAAUGGCGUUCGCCAAGGCUACAUGGGACAUUUAAUAAAUAUCGCGAAUAAUAUCGUCACCCAAUGCGAUAAAAAUAAUAUACUGGCCAGCUUCUUAAAGAACAAUUUAUCACCCGAGUGUCUUACUAAAUGGGAAAAUCUUGUGAGCGUACAAUUGGUGGAGAUUAACAAAAUUCAUCAAACUGUAAUGAUGGGUGAUCAGACUCCAGUGUACCUGAUGAGCUCCGAGGAAAAUCCAAACGAGUACAACUCUUACUCGCAAGAGACAUACAUUCAACAGAUGUACUCCAAUUAUCAGGGUCAACAAAUAACACCUCCUUUCAUCGAGAACUUCGGAUUCCACGACGAUGAGUUUAACGAUGGUGAUGACGCGCUUCAUAAUCCAGUUGACCAAUUAACAACGUUGGCCUUUACUCUCAGUGAAGAAGAUCUCGACAAGCGAGAAGAGAUGUUCAAUAAGCUGUGCCAACAAAAACAAAAAGCCGGUCUUGAAGAUUGCGGCAGCGGCUUGGAGUGGGGAGAUGAAGGUGAGCUGACGUUCCAGACCGUGGUGGACAAACGGGAUUGGCACUCGAAGCAACAGCAUCAGGAUUCUAGUUCGUCGGACGAAGAUGACGAGGAACCACGCGACAUGCAUAUGGAGGUCGACCCGACCGAUCCUUGGGACAAUACCGAACCGUUGAGCACUGGUACUAUACUUCCGCCAGUUAAUCCCUGGGAUGUGGUACCAUCGGAGCCGGUAGAGUCCACUGGCUGGGCCAAUUUCGAAAAUUUUGAGAAUACCUUGAGUAUAGAGAACACCGCGAGCGAGGACAAAAAGCCGUGCGAUGAACUUAAAGAAAAACCAUCAGAAGCAGCAACGGCCGCGAAUUUAACGGAGAAGAAUUUGAGUGAGACUUUUAGUGAAAAUGCCGGAGAUGGCAACGAGGAGACCGCGGACCGUGUAGAUAACCAAACAAUCGGGACAGAGUUACCUGCUGCGGAAAAUAAUAUUAACGACAGCCAAAGUGAUGAGCACAAAAUGGUCUCCGCCGUUGAGAACGCCAAUCCCAGCGAGUUAUCGGUCAACAGAGAGGUUGAGAACACGGAGGAAAUCGAAACCGUAAAGGACGCGAAGAAUGAUGUAGCGAAUGAUGAAAAUCCGUCAAUUGAACAUCAAAUUCCAGCCGCUUCGUCGGAGAGCACAUCCACCACCGGCACCACUGACGCCGUAUCGGUGCCUAAAGAUGCUAAAUGAAACGUUCCCCCCUGCCUAUGUUGAAUGAUCUAUGGCAAUAGGAAGAGAGAAUCAUAUCAGUAUCGAGUCGUACGCGAACGAUCACGGAAGCAUAUUGCGCCUUCUCUAUUUUUUAUUAGACACCACGUUAAUUAUAUGCUUUAAGAACGUUGAUGCUGGGCACAUUAUGUCUGUCCCGCUGCAGCAGGGUAUCUCUUUGAAUAAAUCCGAAAUGCCGAAAAAAAAAAAAAAUGAUCGACGCUCAACUACA